AAACAAACAAAGUUUUCCUCUUUAUAAUAUUAGUGUAGAUUAUACUAUCUACCUACCUUAUUGGGGCCAUAAAGUCAGGACCCUCAAUUGACAAAAUACGGCUCUCAUAAUAUUAUGCGUUGCGACUUGCGAUGCGUCCGUUUUAAUAAUUCCUAUAUGAGUAUUUCAACUGUAUUACUAAUAACAUGUGGUCAUUUAUUACUUUCACAAUUAUUACUAUAAUCAAAACUCUAUUUUUCUUAAUUGUUUUAUUUUUUCUAUUUAUCCUUGGAUGUCGGCUUUAUUUCCAACCAGUGAAAGAAGUGUGUAGAUGUAAGACGAAGCUUAACGGGAAGGUGGCUCUAGUGACGGGAGGGAACUCGGGCAUCGGGCUGGAGACGGCCAGGGAGCUGGCGAGCCGCGGGGCGAAGGUCAUCAUAGCGAGCAGAGACGUCGCCCGGUCCGCGGCAGCCGUCAGCGACAUCAUCAGCACCACGGGCAACCCGCACGUACAUCACAAACACUUGGACCUCUCCAAAUUUGGUAGCAUACGAACAUUCGCUGAAGACUUCAACAAAAAUGAAGAUGAACUUCAUAUACUAGUCAAUAAUGCUGGCAUGGCUGGUACCAAACCUAAAUUAUCUGAAGAUGGGAUAGAAAUGUCAAUGCAAAUUAAUCAUUUUGGUCCCGCUCUUCUCACUGAUUUGCUAAUAGAUAAAUUAAAGGCAUCAGCAUCAAGUCGGAUUAUUUUCGUCUCUUCUCUUUUACACCAGAGAGCAAAGCUAGAUUUUUCUGACUUAAUCGGUAAGAAUGUUGUAAAUCCUUUGACACGAUACGCAAACAGUAAAUUGUUUAACAUUAUGUGGGCGAAAGCGUUAGCGAAGCGUUUGCCGAAGGGUGUUACAGCAAAUUCGUUGCAUCCUGGCGUAGUAAAAACGGAUAGGUAUUUAUAAAAGAAUGAAGAGAAAGGCAAUUGUACUUAAAAUAAUCGAAUUAUUUUUUAAGACGUCAAAAGAAGGAGCUCAAACAGUAAUCCAUUUGUGUAUUUCUCCAGAA